GGAAGAGCGGCAGGGUGGGCGGCUCUUUGUCGAAGCUAGAGGACCGGCAGGCGGCAGCAGCAACUACGGCGGCGGCGGCAGAACCCAGCAGUGAUGUGGAGGUGGAGACCCACAGGAGCCCCGGACUUCACCUGAGCUACCUCAGUAGUCACCAAGAGUGGCAAGAAAAGGAAGAAGGCCCUGAGUUGGGGGGGGCCAGAAUGCCUGACCGGGACAGCUAUGCCAACGGUACCGGGAGCACCGGUGGAGGCCCUGGAGGCGGUGGCAGUGAGGAGGCCAGUGGGGCAGCAGCAGUCAGUGGUGGGGCCAGCUCAGAUGCCAUCUGUAGAGACUUCCUGAGGAAUGUGUGCAAGAGAGGCAAGCGAUGUCGCUAUCGCCACCCAGACAUGAGUGAGGUGUCCAACUUGGGGGUAAGCAAAAAUGAAUUCAUCUUCUGCCAUGACUUCCAGAACAAAGAGUGUAGUCGCCCAAACUGCCGUUUUAUCCAUGGUUCCAAGGAGGAUGAGGAUGGCUAUAAGAAGACAGGAGAGCUUCCUCCUCGGCUAAGGCAGAAAGUGGCUGCUGGCCUGGGCCUUUCACCGGCUGACCUACCAAAUGGCAAGGAGGAGGUUCCUAUCUGCCGUGACUUUCUCAAGGGUGACUGUCAGAGAGGAGCCAAGUGCAAGUUCCGUCAUCUACAAAGGGAUUUUGAGUUUGAUGCUCGGGGUGGAGGAGGCACUGGGGGUGGAGGCUCGACAGGCUCAGUCCCCCCAGGACGACGCCAUGAUCUCUAUGAUAUCUAUGACCUACCUGACAGGGGCUUUGAGGACCAUGAGCCAGGGCCCAAGCGCCGAAGAGGUGGAUGCUGCCCUCCUGAUGGCCCUCAUUUUGAAUCAUAUGAAUAUAGCUUGGCUCCACCCCGAGGAGUAGAAUGCAGACUGCUAGAGGAGGAGAAUGCCAUGCUCAGGAAGCGUGUGGAAGAGCUAAAAAAACAGGUCAGCAACCUGUUGGCCACCAAUGAGGUACUUUUGGAACAAAAUGCCCAGUUCCGCAAUCAGGCCAAGGUCAUGACCCUGAGUUCCACUGCACCAGCGACUGAGCAAACUCUGGCCCCCACUGUGGGCACUGUUGCCACUUUUAAUCAUGGCAUUGCUCAGACUCACACUACUCUCAGCAGCCAGGCUCUACAGCCUCGUCCUGUGUCCCAGCAAGAACUGGUGGCCCCCACUGGAGCUCCAGCUGCUCCCCCAACUAAUGCUGCACCUCCUGCUGCUCCACCACCCCCACCCCCACACUUGAACCCAGAGAUCACACCACUGUCAGCUGCUCUGGCUCAAACAAUCGCCCAGGGAAUGGCACCACCACCUGUUUCCAUGGCUCCUGUGGCUGUAUCUGUGGCUCCUGUGGCUCCUGUGGCUGUAUCGAUGGCCCAACCCUUGGCAGGAAUCACAAUGAGCCACACUACCACUCCCAUGGUGACUUACCCCAUUGCUUCCCAGAGCAUGCGCAUUACAGCCAUGCCACACUGAUGGGGCUAUUGGAUACUCCCCUGGUAUAGCCUCUCAGGGCUGAGGUUGAGGGGUCCUUACCUACUCGCCUAGCCCUCCCAGGCCCUGUCUUAAGGGCUCACCCAAGGACUAGGACAAGAGACUAUAAGGAGUAUGCUUCUGAGGUGCAUUUCCUGAGAUGGGGUUGGGCUGGUGUGUUCUCUCACCACACUUUUAAGAAGGUCCUCUUGUCCUUUCUUCAGGCCUCAGUCGAGUGGGGGCUUACAUAGGAACGCAGACUGAAACCAGCAAGAGGAAGGACUGACUGAGUGAGGGGCUAUGUCCUCUUAUGGAAGUUGGGGACAUCCUUGAUUUUGUCCUUUUUUGUGAACAGCACAGGUUCUAGCACUGGUUUUGGAAGAAAAAAAUUCCCCACCCAGAGGGAGAGCCAGGAAAGAUUGAGAAGUGAGUGGCCAGGAGAGAAGGCCUCAUAGAAGACAAUUUGGGGCCCAGUUGGGUUAGAUAUACAGGAAUUGCUCCUGGACCCCUGAGAAGGCCGGGACCAUAGUACUCCAGCUCAAAGACUAGGGGAGCAUUUAUUUACCUAGCUUGGUCUGGAAAUCUGUAGGGCAGGGCCCACUACUUUCCAAAGAAAUAAAAGAGCAAUUAUUUUUAACAAAUGGAGGCAGUGAAAACUUACUUAGGUACUCUGUGUGGAAGAAGGGAGCAUAAAAUAGAUCUCGUGCCAAAAUGGGGUAAGGACCCUGCCCUCACAAAACUUGGGUAAAUUGGAUGAAAAUCAGCAAAGGGUAGGUGCAUACAACAAGACCAAAUGAGGCUUGAGGAAAGCACUUUGUGGGGUGAAGCAUUGGAGCCACCUAGUCUAGUUUAAAAAUAGUCCCAUCUGUUUCUGGUCUCUGUCUGCAUGUGCUAUUCCCAGGUUGCCUUAGUAACCAGGGCUCCUAGGGUCAUUUAGGGGGGCAAGUACUAAGGAGGGUGUAUGUGCUGAGAAAUGAGGAUGUUAUGUAGUUGACAGAUCCUUCCCUAUUCAAAGAGCAAGGCAUGUGGCAGUUGCCUCUCUCAGUUGUUGAUGGCAUUUACUGUCCCUUCUACCCUAGCACUUUCUCAGUGGCCAGUGCCUUAUUUAAGCCUUUAAGGCUUGGGAGGUGCUGGGAAAAGGAAGUUCUUCUGGGGACACAAGCCUCAGGAUUUAUCCCUUUCUGUCUGCAUAGAGGACCAGAGGUUUAAAAUCCACUUAAGGGUCAUUAAGUCCAGGGGCCCAGUAGCCAAACUUCAGUCCCUCCUUAGCUCAUGGCUGAUGUAGGGGAAACAGUUCAGGUGUCUGAUCUAAAAUUGGGGGUAGAGAAAAUGAUCCUGGGAUGUGCUUCCUUUAUGGUAUCUCCUAUUGCCUCUUGCUUUGUCUGGUUAAUCAUUCAGGUUAUACACCUGGGGUUGGAGAUGGUGGGCUAGAUCAAGGCUGGUCAUUAAAAAAAAAAAAAAAAAAAAAAGAAAUUGGGAGCAGUGACACACGCCUGUAGGCUCAGAGGUGGGAGGGUCACUUGAGCCCAGGAGUUGUUGACUAGGCUAGACAAUGUAGUGAGACCCUGUCUUAAAGGUGGGGCAUGGCCUAAAGACAAAAAAGGGGGCAAAUAUCGUUUAUGGAUUUUAGAAACAACAUUUGAUAAGCUUAAUGUUCAUUCUGGCACAAUUCUGGAUUAUUAAAAAAGAUGGUUUAUGAGUAUUUAGAGAGGAAUGUGAUUAUAGACACCAACAUGAAUUCUCAGUCAGAUCCCAACCUUAUUUCCUUCUUGUCAGGUAUCUCCAAAGAAGUGAAUUUUGGGAAACUAGACAUUGUAUGUCUUGUAUUAAUGCACUCCAGCUAAAGAUCACCAGGAACACAACUGUAGUAUACCAAAUAGAGUUUAAUGCUCAUUGCAGUGAAGGAGAGAUUAUACCGUUGGGAAUCAUGGUGUGUAUCAGCAAAGACGGUGUUACAAAGGUCUCAGAGGACUUGGACUUGGGUUAAGACAUUUUGGGAAAGGUUCAAGGAAGUGAGUAUCCUCUGGAGUGGGUGCUGCCAAGUGAGGCAGGGUUCCUUCUAUGAUGGGAUAUCUUAAAUUAUCUAGAAGAAGGGCAGACUAGAGUGAAGCUAAAGCUGCAUUUGGGAGAUGGGGAUGUUUCUAUUUUGUGGUUUGCACAUUGAUGUUUUGUGCUUAAAAGACAUUGUGAAAUGAUCUUGUUUUUUGGUCUCACUUCAUCACAGUCACUGAGUGACCUUGUCUGAUGUGGUGUUUUGUGAGAUUGUGUCUAACACAAGAGCUCAUUGGCUUGACAGUGAGUACCAACUCAACCCUAGUGACUCCAGAGCUUGGCUGACUGCGACAGGCUAGUUACCAGAUGUCAGGAACUGCUUUCUUCUCUCACUUGUGAAUCAUUGCAGAUAAGAAAAAAAAUUAGGGAACUAGGCAUAGUGGUGCACAUCUGUAAUCCCAACUACCUGGGAGACUGAGGCAGGAGCACACAACUUCAGGGUUGGCCUGACAAUUCAGUAAGACUUUGUCUCAAAAAAGGGCUGGAGAUAUAGCUCAAUGGUAUUGAACAUUUGUAGCUAGUGAAUGUUGAUUAGCGAAUUCAUGUUCAAGAAAUUGCUAGUCUGCAGUGAUAAGACCAAUGGCUAUGUUUUAUUUAUUCUUUUAAAAAUGGAGAUGAUACCCUAACUUGGAUAAGAAUAUUAAAAGCCCAUAAUUUAAGGGCUGGGGAAUGUGGCUCAGUGGUAUCAAUGCCCAGCAAAAAAAUAAAUAAAUGAAAAAGCCCAUAAUUCGGGUUGACUAAAACACUGGACCCUUCAUCCCUUAAAAUAUUGCUUAGGGAUAAAUCUUGGAGCUUGACUGAAUCUGGGACUUCCAGUUGGCUACAAAAAUUUAAAAUCUUGGAUGGGAGUAUAGCUCUUCGGCAGAGUGCUUGCCUAGCUCCCCCACAAUAGCUUUUUUUUGUCCUCAUAAUAUGUCAAUUCAUAAAUAUUAAGAGCAUGCUAUGUUCUAGGUACAUCUUUAGGAGCUCCAUAAGGAUAGUUGAGCCAUAGUUAUGGGUUGUAAAUAAAGUAGUUCUGUGUUCUGCCUAAGUGGAACCAUGAAACCGUUUCUAAGUAUUGUGGAUUUUUUGGGGGCAGGGGGCAGUACUGGGGAUUGGACCCAAGUGUGCUUUACCAUUGAGUUAAACUCUAGUCAUUUUUAUUUUUUAUUUUGAGACAGUGUCUCAUUAAGUUGCUGAGGCUAGCCUCAACAUGCAAUGCUUCUGCCUCAACCUCCUGAGUUGCUGGGAUUAUAGGUGUGCACCACCAUUCCUGGCUAUUGUGUGUUCUAGUCGUCCAAUUUGUGGGGGAGGGGGCUGGGAAUUGUACCCAGAGGUACUUUACCUCUGAGCCAUAUCCCCAAUCCUUUUUUUUAUUUUUAUUUUUUAUUUUUUUAACACCCCAAGACAAGAUAGCUUUACUGAUGAAUACAACUGAGCAUUUUUUUAAAAAAAUAAUUUUAUUAGUUGUUGAUAAACCUUUAAUUAAUUAAUUUAUUUGUAAGCCAUGCUGAGAAUCGAACCCAGUGCUUCACACAUGCUAGGCAAGCACUCUACCACUGAGCCACAAUCCCAGCCCCUUUUUUAAUUUUGAGUUAGGGUUUCACCAAGGCUUAGGGCCUCACUUAGUUGCUGAGGCUGGUCUCAAAUUUUCAGUCCUCCUGUGUUAGCCUCCCAAGGUGUGUGCUGCUACUCCAGGCUUAAAUAUAAUUUUUAAAGAGGGACACUGACAAUCCAGAAGGGUAAAAAAUCCAGAAGGGGGAAAAAAAUGGCAGGAGAAGACUAGGUGUCUUCAAAUGUUUGAAAGGCUGCCCAGUGGAGGAAUGUCCUGCGUUGCUGCACAGGAAAUAAACAGGGAGUUCUAGAAUGACAGCUAACAUUUCUGAGUGCUUAAUGUAAGGCAAGGUACUGUGCAAGACAUUUUCUAUGCAGUGUUUACUGACAUAGUGGAUGAUAUUACCUUACACAUUUUGCAGAGGAGAAAGCAGGAUUAAAAAGUAAUCUGGCCAGGGCUGGGAGAUAGCUCAGUCGGUAGAGUGCUUGCCUUGUAAGCACAAGGCCCUGGGUUCGAUCCCCAGCAUCCCAAAAAAAAAAAAAAAAAAAAAAAGUAAUCUGGCCAGAUGCAGUGGUGCAUGCCUGUAAUCCCAGUGGCUCAGGAAGUCCCAAGAUUAAGGCAGGAGGAUUGCAAAUUCAAAGCCAGCCUCAAAGCCAGCCUCAACAGUUGAGUGAGGCCCUGCCUAAAUAAAA